CGUGCAUAAAACCAGAAUACAGCUCCAUCAUAAGCAGUAGCCUGUGGCUGUGACCCCAUUUUCUUGAUUCGUGAUAACAUAGGCCCGGUCCCCUUCCCUUUUCCUUGCUGGGUCUUCUUUUCCUCUUCUCCGUUUCCAAACCUGCCGUCGUGGUUCUUUCGCUCGUGAUCUGGCGUUGACCAUGAAUUGAAUUAAGCAUAGAAUCCAAUCGUGGCGGCCCUUCAGCCUUAAUUGCUUGGCACUUGACCAGCGUCUUCUUGGUGACGGUACCGGCUCUUUAUCCCACUCCCCGCCUUGCCGGAUUGAAUCGACGGCCCCUUCGCGGCCUUCCUCGCGCUUCUACUUCUCUCUUACGCUAGAUUUCGUCGGAUCACAACACCGUGUCGGACUUCUCACCGUAAUAUUUAGGCCGUCUCACCACGCAGAUUAAACCGCCGAUGCGAAAACGUGGAAACUGAGCACCGGAGCAGGCAGAGAGUAGAGGAGAGAGAGCGAGAGCGAGAUUAGACUAGUUAAAGGCACGCUCUCUUCCAAUUUUUCCCAUAUUCGAUAUCCCCUUUUUGGCAUUACCGACUCGGUAGCGGCGCGAUCAAGCCGGUAGAGUGACUUGCGGCCGAAGCCCGUCUCGCAACACGCCUCCCCGAUCCAGACUCUCCCCUACCCUACCGGCGGCAACACCUUAGCCACUCUGCGCGCUUGCCUUAGUUGCGCUUCUGAACAAUGUCUGCUUUACCUCGCGACGAUGGCAAAGCGCCACCAAACGAUGCUGGCUCCCAAGAUCCCAGCAACAGUCCCACUGCCGACGGCCCUUCUCAAUCUCAGAACAACAACAACAACGUUCCCAGGCCCAAGCGACUCGCGUGUAUGAUAUGCCGGAAGCGCAAGCUUAGGUGCGAUGGGAUCAAGCCCAGCUGCAGCACCUGCAAGAGGCUGGGGCACGCCUGUGCGUAUGACGAAGUGAGGCGGAAGAGUGGCCCGAAAAGGGGCUAUGUGAAGGCGCUGGAAGAGAGGCUUAAGCAAGUUGAGACGCUUCUGAACAAAUCCCAGGAGUCGACAUUCAAUGUCGGGUCUGAUGUGAACAAUACGCCGAAUGUCGCCUUUGAGCAGAAUCGCAACCAACGGCCCGCUGCGACGCCUAGCUUCGCCGUUACGAAUCCUCCAAUCGGCAUCUCCAAUGACCGUGACCUGGACCGGUGGCAGUUUAACGGAGAAUCACCACAAGCUGGCAAUGGUCUCGACGACUUCAACUUUAACGGGAACGUGCCGCUGGGCAUCGGCGGCAUGGACAACAGCUUCACGUGGGAGAUGAUCGGUCUGGGAUUAGAGGAACCUCUUCCCCCUCAGGAGACGAUCGAUGACUUACAUCAGAUCUAUUUCGACAAGAUUCACCCUUCCUUACCUAUGAUUCACAAAUUCCGGUAUCUAACGGCGAUGAAUUUAGCACCGAAUCAUAGGCCGCCUGUCGCGCUUCGAUACGCGAUCUGGACGCAGGCUUGCGCAAUAACCGACAAGUAUGCAGAUUUGAGGGACCUGUUUUACCAGCGCGCUCGCAAAUAUAUAGAGACGGAUUAUAUCAAGGGCUAUGGCGAACACAUGAUCUCUGUAGCCCACGCCCAGACUCACAUAUUACUCGCCUCGUACGAAUUCAAGAUGAUGUACUUCCCUCGAGCGUGGAUGAGCACCGGUGCUUCCGUGCGCUUAUGCCAGAUGAUCGGGCUGCACAGGAUUGAUGGAGCCGGCCUUGAUGUAAAGCAGUGUCUCCCCCCCGCUCGCGAUUGGACGGAGAAGGAAGAGAGACGGCGGACGUUUUGGAUGGCCUUCUGCCAGGACCGAUACGCGAGUAUUGGAACGGGUUGGCCUAUGACGAUCGACGAGCGGGAUAUCAUGACAAAUCUGCCUUCUUCUGAGGACGCGUUCGAGAACAGCCGGCCGGAGCAGACCCAGUCGCUUGCCGACUCGAUGAGCCCUGCUGGAGCUGCCAAGCUCGCGUCCUUUGGGGGGGUCGUGUUGAUGGCGUGCCUGUUCGGUCGCAAUCUCAUCCACCUACACCGUCCCGACGCCGAUGAUAGAGACCACGAUCUCAACGGGGAAUUCUGGAAACGACACAGGAAUAUGGACAACAUCCUCCUCAAUACUUCUCUCUGUCUGCCGAACCACUUGAAGCUUCCCACCGGCCUUUGUAACCCCAACAUCGUGUUCACCAAUAUGAACAUCCAUACUUCAACCAUCUGCCUCCACCAAGCAGCGAUUUUCAAGGCGGACAGGAACAAAUUGCCGCCGUCCGUCGGCGCCGAAAGCAAGGUUCGUUGCAUCACGGCCGCGAACGAGAUUGCUAGCAUCAUGAGAAUGGUGUCACAUCUAGACUUGUGCGCAAUGAACCCAUUCAUAUCUUUUUGUCUUUAUGUCGCUGCGCGAGUAUUCGUCCAAUACCUAAAGAGCCGGCCGGACGAUAGCCAGUCGGCGGACUCGCUCCGAUUUCUUCUAGCUGCGAUGAAUGCCCUCAAGAGGAAGAACCCAUUGACCGAAUCAUUUUUGGUACAAUUGGACGUCGAUCUAGAAGCGUUGGGGGCGAGGAUACCCAAACUCAAAUCGGCCUUCCCUAAGAGUGCGGAUAGUCCUGGUUCGGGGUUCAAAAUGCCUAAGAUGCAUGGUGCUGACGCGGGAUGCGAGACCCAUGAGUCCGGCGGCGGUAUUCUUGCAUUUAACAAUGCGAAGAUGGUGAACGACGAUCCCCCAAGCGUUCCCAUCAUUGCGCAGCCCGGGGGCCACACUUCGAUGCCGACUAGGCAAAGGGCAGACGACUAUAAUUCCGGCCACGGCUGGCUACCUCCGCGCGAGCCGAGCCCGGGCCCGGACCAGCGCAACCAAGGCAUAAUGUCGCCCAUGAUGUACACGUCGGGAAUAGUAGACGGCCCAGGGAGCGAGUCGAACGAGACGGACGGGCCGUCGAGUGGACGGACACCGAACUCAAGUACCGGGUCAGACAAUCGCCAGAGCACGACAGGCGCAAGCCACUUGGCCAACUCUAGCCGGACGUCCUUCGAGGCAAGCCCCAUCGGAUCUCACCAAAAUCUCGGGCCGCCGACGGAAAUUGGCGGCACGGCGGCGGCGGCGAGCUUUUUUCACGUAUCGAACGCCGGUCCGAGUGUAACCCCUGGACCGGCUUUUGGCGCGACGAAUACGUCAGGGAACGUCUUCACGAUGCCGAACGCUUGGGGCGAGCAAACGGGAAUGACGCCGGUAGCCGAGGGCGUUCUUCAACACCUCUUGGACAUGCGCAUGGAUCUAGGGGGGUGGGAGCCGGGCCCGUGAAGCGCUCGGGUAGGCGAGAUCGGCUGAGCGAGUGGGGGGAGAAUCUGUCAAGGAGCGGAAAUGUACGGGCGCGAAAAGAGGGGGGGCACUCAUUUUGGCUGGCUUGUGGGUUAGGAUACCCACCAACGAGCUCUUUGCUCCCUCGCGCGAUCCUGUGGGCGUUCUUGGGGCUCGGAUACCUACGGCGGAGGUGGAGGCAGACAACUUGUGUUGAGGUGUGCGUAGUUGUACACGAGGGCGAUGCGGCUUGAGAGAUGUAUUACUAUUAUCGUUAGCAUACAUACGUACAUAGAUAUAUACGAUCUGCCUGGGUUGGGCAGGGUCGGUACCUGAAGUAGUGUAGAUAGCAUGUUAGAGGUAGUAGGCAUAUUGCCGGUGGACAAGAAAUCCCACCUGCCGCUCUGUAUACCACGAUGCACCACACCG